AUGCAGGGGUUUAGGAGAUUCGAGCACAGGCAGACUGGAUUGUUCCCUCCUUGUACCCUUUGACUUUGAUUGUGGGGACAGAGCAGAUUUAUGGGCUUUGGAGGUUCAGUCUGCCUGUACCACUUUUUUGGCUGAGAGGAUAAGUGUGGCUUACAUCAUUUUGGUUUCUGCUAUUUCUCUUUGUAAGUAGCAGUAGUCGUCGCAACUGUGCGGCAGAUUGUUUGUCUUUUUGUCAAAGGAUUUCCAACUAAUUGAGGUGCAGCUACUUGGAGGAAGGGUAUCUUGCGAUUUUAGCAAGCACACUGCCAUUUCGUAGACUGUCUUGUUUGGAUACUGUUUUUGGAAUCCUUCAUUCAUUCGUCAGGAGCGAGUCAAUUUGUGCGAGGACGUAGUGGCCGCCGAGGAAGAAUUUCAACAUUUCGUAUCUCUGCAAAGAGCAAUCUUAGGAUAUUGCAUGCGAGGAUUUUAGGGGUGCGGGGAUUUCUUCUGCAGCAUCGAAGUUGAGAGGGGCUCCAUGCGAGAGCUGAAACAUGUGCAGUAGGAAGGUGGCUUCUUUGCGAAAGAAGCGAGCAGUAUUCGGUGGUGCAUUUGGUAGAUGACCUAGUUGGAACUACCAGUUAUCAGUUCGAUACCGUCUUCUUGGAAUUUGAGCAUGGUGGUUCGUUCGUAAUUAGCUGGGUGCAUUGUAUUCAGUGCAGAAUGGUUAGGGUUUCGUGUGAAGCAAACGAGAGUGUUUGGAAGAAAAAGGAAUCAUGUUGCAACGUCCAUUUCAAAGGGAGGACUCGGCAGUGAUAUUCGCUUGAUUGACGCGUUAUAUGGUUCAUCUCCAUAAGUUUCAAAACUAUAAUCUCAAGAGGAAACAGGCCACCGUAUCUUGCUACAGCAUCAUAUUCAUAUUGCCCAGCUUACCAGCUGAAGACCGCCUCGAGACACGAGAUACAGACUGCGUAUCACUGGAUUAGGAUAUAUCUUCUGAAAAAUCAGGGUAUCGUGUCGGAUGUUGUACAUGGUGCUGAGGGCGGCGAACAGGGCGUUUGGGAGUAUGUAACAGUGUGCGUGGGAGCAGGUGCUUCACCAAAACCAAGUAUUCCCGAGGGUGGGCUCCUGCGGUGCUGCUAGGGCUAAUUUAUGAAUGUGGAAGCAGAGUGAGAACAUUGUUCAUCGGCUUUUUUCUCGUCAAAUCAGCCGUGCCCCUCCCAAUACACAUAUACAUCGAGCACGAGGCUUUUAUGAAAAUGUAGUUCCGAGCCACACGGUGUACGAAGUGGACUGUCCCGAUCAGUGGUGGCGCCGCUUCACAAAUGAUGGACAGUACUUGGUCUGUUUCAGUCGAAGUUCCCAAGAUUUGCUCAUCUAUCGGCCGCUAUGGCUCUCCUACCACUCCAAGACUUCCGAAUACGUCGAUGAGCUUCCUGCGGGAGCUAACAAGUUUGAGAGCCAUUUUAGCUUGCUGCAUCGUAUUCCUCUGGCCACGGGUCUCAACGAGGGCAUAUGCAAGGAUUUUUUCCUGUCCACUGAGAACAAUUUGUAUGGGAUAUUUGCAACUUCAACGGCUCCAGAUCAACACAAUGUUACCCCUGCACCAGCAACUCGGGGCGCCGUUGCAGGGGUUCCUUGCAUAGAGAAGAUAACCUUUCUAGUCGUCCGGCUAGCGGAUGGGGUCAUCACAGCUCGAUCAGUUUUCCAGGAUGAUUACAUCCAUCUUGCGCACAACCAAGGCGUCUUUCUGCAUGAUGACCUGUUGGCUAUUUUGUCUGUGCGGUUUCAGCGAAUCCACAUUCUUCAGAUUCGAGAUGGUGGCCUCUUUCUUGAUAUUCGAACUAUUGGUGAAUUCUGUCGAGAGGAUGAUGAGCUCCUUCUUAAUUCAUUGUCUCAGGAAGAGGCUCGGUUUCAGCAGGAGCAGGCAGCUCAGCGAAAAGCAAGGGGUUUGAUCUCCGAGUCAGGAUCAGCAGCACCUGUGAAAUUCUUUGGGAGCAAGCCGCGGACAAGUGGAAAUAGCAAUGGUAAUGGCAGUGGCAGGCGGCCGUGGUUGCGUAACCCUUUAGAUGACCCAGGCACCUCCAUGCAAGCCUCUGAGAGCCCCUCCAGUGGCAAUCAGCCUGGUGUUGAUAUACUCGAUGUGCUCUACGAUGAUUACUUUCGAGGCUUUUUCUCAAGCUCCGUUGACGUUGAUGGGAGUAUCAGACUGCAGCCAAGGAAUCACCCCGUUAACACCCAAGACAAUGUUCAUGUGUGGCGCUUUGUGGAGCAUGAGCCCGACCCUUCUUCCAUUCCAGGGCGUCAUUUGAGGCUGGGUGGGGAAUACAGCCAGUAUGAAGACUCUACUGGAGGACAUCAACAGCCUGGUGUAGCUGGAGUGGAACUUGGUACAAGAAGAACUGGACGAGAACAUCCCCACGGUUUUCAAGGUUUAGGUGGCCGUGGGGAGUACGCCGCUUAUGAGAGUGUUGUAGGGCGUCGCCGGUUUAAUGGGAAUUUCUCUGGCAACGGGAACGGGACUUCUUCUAGCGGCGACAACGUCGUGAUGGAAUUGGGACAAGCUCAUGGACAUCUUAGCAGCAUUGAAGAACAUGGGCUUUCAACACGUCCUGCGUCCACCUUGAUUAGUAGUAGGUCCUCAUUCAGGGGAGCCGAGGCUAUUUCCCAGGACGAGGCUAUUUCCCAGGACGAGGCUAACCCUCAGGCUGGCCCUUUUAAUCUGUUAUCGAGAUCCGGUGGAGCGAAUGGAGACUUGGGUGCGACCUUUUCCAGAGGGGUUACAGCACCUUCACUUGCUCACCCAUCUGGGAACGGUAGGGGAGGUGACAUCAUCGAUUCCAAUGCGGGUAUAGAUGCAAGGCCCGAAGACCUUCAGCAGCAAUGCAGCCAGAUACUUGGUGGACUGAAGCACCGAUUGUUAUCCUUCAUCUUGCAAUGUAUUCAAAACGACAAUUUAACUCCUGCGGCGAAGGUUACACAACUGAAGCGCUUUUAUUUUAACUUCCAGCAAUUUGUGGAUCUGGUUAUGUGGAAGGUACAAUUUUUGGAUCGUUGUCAUUUACUUAUUAGGUUUGGGAGCAUUGAUGGUUUGGUGGCGCGAAACUCAGAAGCCUCUAAUCAAACAUCAUUUUUGGCAGUCUACAAUAUGGAGACUACAGAUAUGCGUGGUUUCUAUCAGAACAACUCAGAAGAGUUGCUGCAGUGUGUGGAGCGAUACAGUGAUCAAUUCAGAAUGGCUCCACAAUACCCCUUGUAUAUGAAUUUUAUUUCUAGCUAUUCAAACAACUCCUUCGCUCGAGAGCAGUUGCAAAAACAGAAGGCGGUCAGCAUGACCAGCAAAGUUAGUACUUAUCCGCAGGUAGUAAGAAGAACCUUGGCUUCUCUUCCCCACAACUCCCAGUCUCUAAGUCCGUCACCUUAUUUCGACCAAUACCUCUUCCACUACGAUGAAAAGUUGAUAUCAGCUACUGAUCGACAAAAGCCUUGCAUGGAGCAUCCUAUCAAAUUCAUAUCCAGGCGGCGGCCCAACAUACUCAAGUUCAAAAUUAAUCCUGGUACUGAGUUUGGUUCAAACGAUAGCCACAUCAAACGUGUAGCAUCCUUCUUCUUCCAUCCCAUUUUCCCCUUUGUCAUCUCUGUGCAGCAGUCAUUCAUGCAGACCACUGUUGUAAACUUCCACUUCAGAAAAUGAUAUCAUGUUUACUUGAGAUUUUUGAUCUGCAAAGAUUUGAAUACUGGUAAGUCAAGUUCAAAGGCCUCAAAGGGGCUUCUACUUUUACAGCAUGUCUAACAAGUUUUGUUCGUUGGGUGGUUUUUUAUUUUUCUACCAGCCAUUGAUCUUUUGAAAAAAAUAAUAAAGUUUUUAACAUGAGCUUCUAUUGAGGUCAAUAAAGGUU